UCAACAAGAACAUAGAUGACAAGAUGUAAGCUAUAUUCACUAUCAUGUUUUUUUAGGCUGUAACAAAAGACAGAACAUUUUUUGUUGGCCAAAAAGUACUUGUAAAUUUAAGAUCUUGGUCAAGUAAAAGAACACGCAGCUGUAACAAAAGACAGAACAUUUUUUGUUGUUGGCCAAAAAGUACUUGUGAGUUUAAGAUCUUGGUCAAGUAAAAGAACACGCAAAAUUUGACAACCUACAGCGGACAGUGAUUAACGCGACAAUUCUAAUACAAGAAAGUUGAAAUUGUGAAAAACGAUUGAAAUAACAGCUGAAUUAACUUUGGUGUUAGAGAAAGUGAUAAUUGUCACGAAUGGCGAAUUACGUGAGAUCGCGUUGGCACGUGGGCUUUCCACGACGCCAGAGAAGCGUGGACUAUGAUUUAUCAAGUGAAGUCAAUCGUGAUGCCCUGGCCAGACUGAAACCCAUUGAUGAGCAAGGCACGAUAGAACUUGCAGGGUCCAUUCCCAUAGUGAGUGACGUUGACGAAAACGGGAGUAAGGUGCAAAAGAGUUUAGCUGAUCAAUUGAAACUGGCGGCAAUUUAUGACGACCAAAAAACGAUCACUAAUAUUUUGAGAGAAAAAAGAAGUGACCGUGAAAUUCAAACAUUACUCUCGAAAACUGAUGAAAGAGGACAACCAUGUAUAUUUUACGCUUUGGAGUGGCGUAGUCUUAAUUCUCUUACUUCCUUGUUAAAUUACGCAAAAGACCCCAAGUGUGUGAUAGCUAAGAACGGAGAGAGUGUACUUCAUGUAGCCACCGGAAUGGGUGACGUAGAUUUUCUUCAUAACUUGUUGCAACAUGACUUCAUUGUUGAUCUUGUAAACCAUGUUGAAAGCGAGAAUGGCCAAUCGCCCCUUCAUUUUGCCGCUACGUUCAACCAUGUUGAGAUCGCCAAGGUGUUGCUAGAACACGGUGGAAAGAUAACAAAGGUUGAUAUCAUAGGAAGAUGUCCAGUGUACAUCGCUGCUGCUAAAGGACAUGCUAAUAUGCUUGAACUUUUCCUGAAACACGAAAAAAGCAGAGUGCAAGAGUUAUUGUUCAGGGAGAAGUAUGGUGGCAUGUUUAACAGCAAUAUACUUCAAAUUGCUGUGGACAGUGGUGAUGAACGCACUGUACAAGUUUGUCUGCAAGAUGAAGAUGUGAUUCGUGAAGAUUUGCGCGAAGAAAUCAGACAUGGAGAUGGUUAUUUGAUUCAUGCGGCUUGCGAAAAUGGCAUGAAGAAGAGUUUAUUUCGAUUUAUGGAAGUCAUGGGACAUUUGGACUUCCUUCAGUUGGGAAGAAAGGAUAUUGAAGGAUUCGCCCCGAUUCAUAAAGCCGCAGUCAAUGAUCACAGUGAUAUUGUCUCUUACAUUGGAUCACAAUCCAAGAUUUUUCUCAAUGAAAAGACGAAAAACUCCCAGACUGCCUUGGUCCUUGCCGCUGAACGCGGUCAUGUUCGUGUCGUUGAAGAACUGCUUAAAUUGAAAGCUGAUUUUACCCUUCGUGAUGACAGCAAUAGAACGGUUCUUCACUAUGCAAUUGCAUAUCCUGAAACAUUGAGAAUUUUGCUGAAGAAAAAAGAUCUCGUGCCGUUGCUUAUUAACGAGAAAGAGAUAGACGGUUAUACUCCCAUUCAUAAUGCCGCCUUAAAAGGAUUACUUGAGAGUGUCCGUAUUUUGUUAGAAUAUAACGCUGAUCUGAAUGUCUUCACGAACAAUUUUCGUUCGCCAUUACAUUGCGCUGUUAGUUCACAGAACUCUGAUGUGGUUGAAUUAAUCCUAGCCAAUGAACCAGCUUUGAUCAACAAGGUCGAUGCCGACAGGGAAACACCGCUUCAUACAGCAGCGAAGUACAGUAGCCCAGAGGUCGUCAAAUGUCUUCUGAAUAACGGAGCAAUUACAAUGAAGGAUGGAGAAUUGUUUAGUCCACUUCACAUCGCAGCGUCCAAAGGACAUCUUACUAUUGUUGAAUUGUUGGUGAUGUUCAAACCUUCCAUGAUCAAUUGGAAAAAUAAAUACAAACGAACAGCAUUGCUUACAGCAGCUGAGAAAGGCAAAGCAGAUGUUGUGAAGUAUUUGCUAGAUAACAUGGCGGCAAUUACAGAAGAUUAUGAGCUCUUUAACUGCUUGGAUUGGGCCAUCAUAAAUGGCGAUACAAAAAGCGCUAUGGUGAUGAUGUGUCAUGAUAAAUGGAAAGAGAUUAUUUCCACGACAAAAAAUGGUCCAGAAGGAACGAUGGCGAAGUUGAUUUCUAACAAUAUGUCCGAAGUGGCGUAUCGAGCUCUUUCUAACAGCAUGAAAACCACAGGACACCCAGGGAGUACUGACUAUUUGGUUGAAUACGACUUUUUGUGUUUACAAACUGCAGGUGUGGUGAGCAAGCUAUCUUAUAUAGAAAAUAAAGAUCGACUUUUGAAUCUUAACAUAAUCAAAAGAAAAAUCUCAAAAAACGUUAAAAAGUUGAGAAUGCUACAAUUCUCAUAGUACCUAUUACGC